AUGGACGGAGUCAUGGACGGGAUUCAUCCACACUUCACUGUGAGGACAUCUGUCAGCUUUCUGCUUCUGAUUCUGCUUCAAUCGUCCACUGAGGCCCAGAACAUCUGUUCUGCUCCUUCAACUGUGGAGUUUAAAGAAAACAACAAUGUGGGUGAUGUCGUGCUGACCAUCACUGUGCAGCCUGGAGUCACCCUCACGUUCAAACCUGCACCUGCAAACCCUGAUAACCCAUUCACACUCAACAGAAACCAGAUGAUAGCUGCAAAAGUGUUAGACUAUGAGACUAAGAAAAGUUAUAUCGCUGACAUCAUCUGCACUGAAAUAGCCACAGGCCGCCCGUUUAGCCUCAGCAUUAUUGUACGUCUGGUCAAUGUGAACGAUAACGCUCCAGUCUUUGACCAGAACCUCUACAAUGUCAAUGUCAAUGAGAUGUCUCCAGUAGGCACAACUGUGGGCCAGUACGCUGCCACAGAUUUGGACCAAAGUCAGCUUUACUACAAACUGGAAUCUGGUUCUGAAACGGCUGAAACGAAUUACUUUGCACUGAAGUCAGAGACUGACCCAGACAUCCUCGUAAGGACCCCUCUUGACUACGACGAAGUCAAAAAUGUCCGACUGGUACUGUAUGCUCAGGACACACCGUUGGCACCCGCAGAGGGCAGGCCCUCGUUUACCGCCACCACCACCAUCAUGGUCACCAUCUUAGACGUGGACAACAGACCACCGUGGUUCCAGCCCUGUAAGCCGCACAAUAUGGGGGGUGCUGUGAUCUGCAUGAGUGCUGGCUACACCGGCAGCGUCAUCUUAGGUGAUAAAGAGACCGGAGUGUUACCACUGAAACCAGGACCACUUUAUGCCGUCGAUGGUGACUCUGGGAUCAAUGAGGAGAUAACCUACUCAUUCCUGAGCAGAAAUGAGGGGCAUCCGUUUGAGAUCAACCCAAACACGGGGAACAUCACCAUGCGAGAGGCAGUCAACGUGUUGGGGACAAUCAGUCUGACAGUGCUGGCUGCUCAGAAGAGGAACAACUAUCAGUUUGCUACCACCAGCGUCACAGUCAGUGUUCAGGUGGAGAGCCUCCAUCGUCCACAGUUUCAGAAGCUUUCUUAUGAAGGUGUUGUCUCUUCAGUCGGCACCAUGGUGAUGGACCUGAAGGACGAGCCGCUAUUUAUCAUCGCCUUGGACGAGGAUUACAGUGCCACUGAGGGUCUAAAUCCCAACAUCAACUACAACAUUAAGAGAAGCAGUGAUUUCGCCAUCAUUGACGGCUACUUAUUCAUGACUAAAGAUCUCCCAGAGGGCACAUUAUCUCUGCAAGUGGUGGCAGAAGACACGUCUACCAAAGAAUCAGAUACAGCUGAUCUCACGGUGGAGGUGAAAUCAGGUCUCACCACCACCAGUUUACCUCUGAGUACUACAGACAUCAUGGUCACAACAUCCACAGGGGAAUCCACCACCAACAGCAAGACCACCGAAGAUAUUGUGUCCACCACCAACCCCAGUACGUCCACCGACAGUAUCUCAACUACCCUCCCCAGCACAACCGCUGAAAGCAGCACCUCCAGUAUGUCCACUGAAGGCAGCAAUUCCACCACUAAUCCCAUUUCAACCAGUGAAGAGAGCACCUUCACUGCCAGCACUACUCGCCCUUUCACAGACGGAGCGAUCAUCCCGCCAGGUGGCUACGGCCCGGUGGACAUGGCAGCGCUCGGUGUGACUCUGGGUGUCUUGCUGUUCAUCUGUCUGGUGGUCAUCGGACUGCUGGUCUAUCGCAUUCAGAGGUGGAAAACGGACUGUAGAAAGAUCUCAGAAGCCAGCAUGUUUCAACGCUCUCUGAGUCAAGCUUCAGGUGGUAACAAGGACGGCAUCCAGUACACCAACGAGGCCUUCCAUAAGGAUGAAGAUGGACGCAGCACAGGCUCCGACAGUCAGGAUGGGGGAAGUGUAAUGGCUGGCAAAGAGACACUGUAUGAGAACGACUCGCUCAGAAAGUCUUCAUUGCCGCUGAACAGCCCACAGCAUGACGACGCCAGCCUGACGGGCUCUGACAAGACCGACAGCGAGAAGGACGUGAAACCCAUCCUGACCAAGGAGAGACGCAUGGAGGAGGGGUACAAAUCAGUCUGGUUUAAGGAGGACAUUGACCCGGACGCUAAGGAGGAAGUGGUCAUCAUCCCAGACAGCAGAGAGGAUGACAGCGAGGAGGAAGAUGAGGAACAGUCAUCCAGCGACAGAGAGGAGGAUGAAGACGACAACCUACCAAUAAAAACCCCAAAGGUUGUCUUUGCUGAUGCAGAACUAGACAGUGGACUCGGGGUAAAGAUGGGGGAUCCAGCAGAGGACUCUGAGGAUGACGAAGCGUUGAACGUGGAACUGUGAGUGAAAGGAAACGAUGAACCACCCAUAAUAAAAUCUAAUGAUGAUUAUCAGCAGUGAGUCCUGUAACAGCCGGUCUUAUCAGUCAUUAUAGUGGACCUAUGACAUCAAACCAUAAACCAUAAAAAAAGUAAUUAUGAAUCUCAGGCCCAUUUGAAAGCCUCGCCCAUGUGUGACAGUCUAGAUUUUCAGUGCAUCAAACCUUUAACAGCUCUUAUUUUUUAUGUAAAUACUUCAUGUGUCAUAAUUAAUGACUCAGUGUCACUUGAUUAACGAUAUUAUUAUGUUUAUACAUGUCAGGCUGCUGAGAUCAGUGUAGUGAGCCACCGUUUCUCAACAGAGGCCUUGUGGACACGCAGGAGGUCCAUGGAAGAGUUUUGAAAUAAGUAUGUGUAUAUUGAUUUAUGCUCGCUAACAUCAGAUGUUUAUUUUAAAUGUACUAAUUAUUAAAUUAUAAAAUUCUUCAAGACACAGGCUGACAACCUUUAAGGUGAAUUUAUAGUUGUGUAGUAAAAGAUC